CAACGGAGAGUAUGGUGAGAACCAACCUCAAAUAUGCAACCGAGGUCGCAACAUCAUACAAAGAACUGGAAGAGGCCAUUGAGGCUUUUAACAAACUGAGUCUGGAGGAUGAUGGGGAUCUUACGAUUGCAAGGGACAAACGCGAUCUCUUACUGCUGCAAUCAGAACUAAGAGAUGCAAUGAAACGCAGGUUCAUCAAAGUUUUGAAUCCAGCAAUUCAAAAAGCUGUCCAAUCCAAAUUUGCGACGAACAUUACCAUCCAGAGGCUCAUCAAAGAAGCCGAAAAAAUUGUGAAAACAUUGAAGAAACAAGAAGAAUUUGCUCAUCCCGUUCUCCAUCUCAGUUCAUCUACCAUUGCCGAGAUUCACGGUUACAGACAAGUUACACCAGAGAUUCACGAUGUCAUGACAGCUACAUUUAUGCUGCUCGGUGAAAAACCAGAAACCAUUCAGGAGUGGGAUGACAUACGUUUCCUUAUGGGAAAAUCCGGAAAGAAAAGCUUGAUGGUCAGGAUUAAGAGCUUCAAUAUGUCGAACUUGUCAGAAUCCUCCGCGCUCAGGGUGGGUUCCAUGCUGGAAAAGUAUAACGUCAAGGUGAUCCACAGUAAAAGUUCGGGUGUCGCUGCCUUUUACGAAUGGUCGAUCAACAUCGUUCAAGAAAAGAAUGCUCUUUUACAAAGCGCUAGACAGAGAGAGGAUGAAUCCCUUCGGGCUACACAUAACAAGAAAGGAAAACGUGCAAAGAAACUUUAAAAUCCAUAAAGAUACAUUGGUGCUCUCAUGAAUGUUGAAUUUUAAUAAAGGAAUGAACUAAUC